CCCAACAUACAUACUAUUACAAAUUUUAGCAGUGUACAUAAUGAAAGAGCGUAACAAUGGUGCAGUUGUAGGAUAGAGGGGUAAACAAAGCCGUCGUCGAAACUGUCCACCUUGCAUCGGUCGCCAGAAGAUACGCGUAACAGGCACAACAUGACACCCUGCUGUUUGUUCUCUAUGGUCAUUGCGAACUGCCGUGUAUCGUUGGUCUAGCCUUCGCACUGGUUUCUGACCCCACUAAGCGGCCGCUCAGGAGACCAACUAUAUUGCCCUAUUUUCUCUUUCCCUAUUUACCCCUCCCCCCAAUUCGUUGCAGUGAUGAGAUCUGCGUGCCGUGCGUGAGACCGCUCGUGGCCACCCGGCCGAUAGUUCGGUUUUUGUUGUUGUUGUUGUUGGUGACGGUGAGCUGCUGCGCUACUGAUAUGAACUAUUGUAGAUUGGUUGGUUGGAGUCGCUGGAGCUAUGUGGGAACACGGAGAUCGUCAAGAGCUGUUAUGAUUUGUUGACUAGAUUUUGUUGAGGUGGUGUUUCAGUUAAAAAGAAAACAACUUGCAACGAGUGGCUACAGGCUAGCCACGCAAAGGUGAACGAUUGAAAUCUGCUUGCGGUACCGCAGCGGCGACCGAGCUAGUGAUUAGCCACUGAAACGAUCUCUUUUUAAAGCAACGUGCUGAUCAGUUGUGAUCUCGUAGUGGAGCUUUCUGGGGGCUCUUCUGCCGGUGUCUGGGGGACAUCCGAAUGGUACCGCCUCUCCGCCAAAAAAAGAAGGGGAGAGACCGCCCACGAUCCCAGAAACUCCCCCGAAAGCUCCGAGAUCCCCUGCUCUCGGAGCUCCAGCGGUCUACUUGUGUGCGCCUGCGCUGACUGAUCAUUAUUAUUUCCUCAAGCGAGAUCGGCAUCCUAUUGUAGUCUCAUACUAGAAAAGACUGAGUCGAAAACUAGACAUUCAUCUAACAAGUUCACGCAACAUCGCAGCACGCCCCAACACGUUGUUAAAAGCUGAUACGACAUUUACGUGACAAGAACAGUCACAGCGACUCAAGUGCUGCGGGCAAAGCUUGGAUCAGCGCGCGACAGGUAAGCUAAGCAAUGGAUACUGCCGCAGCAUGGAAAACAGUUUGUAAUAAUGACAGCAGCAGCAGCAACGACGACGACAGCAACCGCAUACUUACAUCCGAACAAACUAUGCUCACCGUGGUGAUCAAAUCGUAUGCUGUCGACAAAUAUUGCUAUCGUGCUGUCGUUGCAGCAGUGCCGUCAUUCGGGGUCGAAGUGAUCAUUGACGCUGUUGACGUCAACCGUCCAAGCCUAAACAAACUACCUUCGAAAUUAGGCUUGUUAUCGUGCAAUGUAUUUUUCAAUUCAACUUUGAAUGAGUCAUGUGCCAAUGCGCUUGGUAGAUUCACGGAAUACAGAAUGUUUGCCCUCGGCGCCGGGCGACAUUACGGGCAUCAGUAUCUGCAGUAGGGAAAUAUAUGGAUAUGUUUGGUAGUGGUCGCCCUUCGCGAAAGUUUCACCGAAUGUUUUGAACGCUUGCUUUGUCAUCAUUGGACCUUCGUUCACGGAGACGGCCACACAUCCUUCCUCAUCCAUCAAAUCAAGGUUGACUCUACGGGAGGACUAUUUGAAAGUAUGGGCUAACCUGGCGCGUGCGUCAGUUCGUAUGGAGACGACAAGAGUCUUCAGUCCCGUUUGGUGAUCAGUCACGCAUGCAAAUACGACAAUGCAAUCGAAAUACAGAUUCUGACCGCAUUGUUAGAAACGCUCUUGCUGCGCAGUACCAUUUCGCUUAUGCUAAGUCUCACUGGCUACGUUGGGAAAGGGGGUUUGCGCGACGGGCUGAAUUUUUUUCUAUGGGGAUAUUCCAAGUGAAGAGCAUGCAUGCCUUCCUUGUCCAGCAGUAACCUGUUCUGUAAGUCCUUGCGGUUAGUUGAGAGCUUCUCCGAUGUGAGUUUUUGUUCAACGGGACUAUAGGAGGGGUGGCGCGUGCGUAUUAAGUGAAGCGGAAUAAGAGGAGAUUUCGAUCUGCACGGGGACGGAGUCCGUGUGAAAGCGUCUGUUUCGAUGCUGAGGCAAGCAGUUCACAAAUGGGUGGUUGUAGUCAAUUGCGGCUAGCCGAAUUUAAGAUAACAAAAAUGAACAGAGGGUCGAGCAAGGAUGGAAAGCCAAGUGGCCCUUGAGCAAGCUCCGAUGGAGCAAGAUCCGAACCUUCCCAAUGUCCCGAACGGGAGCCAAUUGUCAUACCGCGGUUAUUUACUGUUUUGUCCAAUUAACUCGCGUAUUUUUCGAGUGGGCCUCCUUAGCGUAUGACAUAAUAUUGUGUCACUAAUGAGCUGCAAACUACCUAAUUCAAAAUUCAACUAUUUUUUAAUUUAAGCUUUCCUUGUGUUUCUCGAAACGGUGUGCUUCGACACUCACCUAAUCUAUUAUUAUGAUAGGUCGUAUUCUGAAUCUCACUUAUUUCUUCCCUCCAAACUCCUUGAAAACCUAGAACACAGCUGCAUUUGCUGUCGUAGUAUAUCGCAAAUCAGGUUACACAGUAUAUCUAGUUUUAAGUUCUAUUACAAUCAAAGUGAUUGUUCCAAGAAAAUAUAUUUUUCACAUUUGUUUGCUGUUACUAAUACGGCCCCGCGGUAUCAUAGCACAAUAUGAUGUAAGAGGCAUUUUCCCAGCGGCCCCUGAAACUUAAAUUCAAUUCAAACUCUUGCAGUUUGCCUAUUUUCGAUAAAAUUCCGAGUCAGCGAUUGCAGAUAUCGUAUGUGUAGCUGCUGACUAAUUACUAUGUGUGUGGCUAAGAAAGACUUCGUGUUAGCAGUUUCGAGAGGUGAUUUUUGUGAUAUUGAUGCGGAACACUGUUCCCGUUACGGGCGGGUCGCAAAAAUUGGAACUGAAAAAUUGCUAGGCAACAACCAUUCGGUGAGGAUAAAUGAACGGUAUUAUACAAUUUUUGCGCUCCUUGAGCGAUUAAACCUUAGAGAACUAUGAUUAUGGUAAUGCAGUAUUUGACCAGUGCUAUUACCUGAUAUUUUUUUUUCUCGAUAGUCGCUACAUUUAUUACCGAAAUCUCUUUUUCCUUUUGCAACUAUAAAGGAUCACACUCUAUAUCAUAUUGAUGCGGAUCGAGCUCCAGCUCAUACACAAAGCAUAAGUUCACCAGCCUUACAACGACCAAUGGCUCGUUUGUAGGCGAAUGCUAUGUUAUGUUCAGUUGUAUAUGGAUGAAGUGCACCAGUUGAAAGACAGCGAAGCACAAGGCCACCUUGGAGCAAAGGUGGCGGCAUCAUCGAGUCGAGCCGAUACGCGGAUUUUCAACAGACUGCCUGAAGCGCAACGACUUUCACUGGCGAUCGAUUCGUGGAACCUCACCGAAGGCGUGCUCUUUUUAAGUAGACCGCGAUGAACAAACCAAGCUGAACCAGUCAGCUCCAGCUGCGAUAGAAGUUGAACAAGCGUAUUUGAUAGAAUUUCAAAGGCCGAACGGAUACCGCAAUCGAAAGCCGUGAGGAUGUAUUUGUGUGUUUACCAGAAUUAUCGGCAUAAUAAUAGAAACCAUGUGGGACACUGCGUGUAUGUAUCCGGAAAUCCAAUCGAGUCGAUAUACCAGUGGCCUUGUACUUUGUAGGGUCUAUCGAAGGAUUUUGGUUGAUAUUCAGCGCCCACUGCGUUGGUUGGUUCCUAGUUUAAUCUAUCAGCUGAAGUGUAUCAAAGCUAGCUGCAUUACGAACAAUGGCUUCAGUAGAAGUGUCCGCCGCCGCCGCCGCCGACGGGGUAACAGUUGUUAGGUUAAAAAGUAAUGGCAAUAAUACACCAACAAAAAGACUGAAACGGAUCAGUAUUGAUCCGUAAGCGAGACGCAUUUGUGUUGAUCAGAGAAUCGAGCUUCGUUAAUUCUGGACUGUUGCCCCAGGUCCGUCUGUACGUAGCAGAAUUGAUCAUUUGGCACCCCUGUGUGGACAACGAACUUGUGCUCAGUUCGACGUCAGACGCAGGCUCAGACACAAUGCGAAAUCGGCCCAGUCCGGCGUUGCCAGUAUUGCAGCGUCACCAAGUCCACGUUAAAUGAAGAGAAUGGUUAGCCAGGCUGGCACGGCAAUGCACGGUGCAGCACAGGAUCCGCCGGUGGUUGCAACGCAGAGUCGAAAGCCAUUGCCAGCUAAGCCUUUGGCACCGAUACUGCCGCCGGAAUCUGACCAUCUUCCCAGGCCCGUGCCCCAGCAUCAUCAUCAACAUCAUCAUUAUCCUCAUCCUCAUGACGCGCGACUUCUGUAUGAACUGCAACAACCUCCUCCGCAGCCGCCGCCUCAACAGCAGACGUCGAGUUCGUUGAUGGAACCUGCUUGCCUAUCGUGGGCACGCGAUCUUCAGACACUGCUUAACGAUGACGAAGGCUGCGAACUCUUCGAAACGUACCUGCGCCAGGAAAACUGUGACGAAUCCGAUUUAAUGUUCGUCUACGCUUGCAAUGGACUUCGGGUGCAAGAGGAUCAGCAGGAUCGGGAUAAACAAGCAAGAGCCAUCUAUAAACGGUACGUAAAGACCGGCGUCGUACAACUAUCGGAUCAAGUGAAAGAUGUUCUUGCCGGCAAAAUCCGCAACAGGGAGCAACCCCUUGAACCGGAUAUUUUCGACGUUGCUCGCAAGGAGGUUGAGGAUUACAUUAUGCGAACGACAUUCGCUCGCUUCAUCCAGUCUGAUUUAUACAUCGAUUAUCUGCAACGGUACUCGAAUGAACAAGAGUCGCUUAUUAGAGCCUCGAGAUCCGCUGGCCGCGACGAUGGAGAUGCCGAUGAGGAUUAUCCCGACUUAGAUGAUCUUGACUUCGAGCACGACCACAGCGGAUUGGUGUCCAUCCCUUCAGAUUCGGAAGACGACCCUGAUGCACUUCACGUUGUCAACAAGGAUAGUAGACCCUCCACGAUCGUGGCGUUACACAAUACGAACAAUAUCAGCAGCAACAAUAACAGUGAUAGUAAUUAUAGCAAACACACGAAUAACAAUAAUGGUAAUAAUCUCAACAAUAAUAAUAACCAGCAACAGCCCAACCAGCAACAAAGCUUAAUGCCAACACUGUUGGAACACGAAGAAGACUUAGAAAAUGCAACUUUUGUUCCUCCUCCACCUACGACGCUCGCGCGAAAACCGAUUUCGCUGCAGCACCAGUUGCCUCCGCGCGGAUAUGCGGCGGUCAGUACAAUGCCGCCAGACCAUGGGCCUCCCCCGCCACUUCCACCUCAGAGUAAAACUGUGCAGCGACAGAAACGUCAAGCCCAGCUUGGUAUGAGCUACGGAGAGUCAAUGUUGAGACAAGGCGCUCAACGUCCACCCCCUAAUCCAUAUCAUGUUAAGAGUUCAGCGUUUGUACCGCCGACGGCGUACAAUUCAGAUAUGCAAAGCAUGUCUUCAGGAGGCAACAACAACUUCGAUCCUGAGACGAGCGAUUGCGACACAGUUAUCGCUGCUGCACGGCGGAGUGAACAACUACCUCGGGCGUCGCACCACCAUGACAUUGAACGCCGCCGUGCAAGAGGGCCGUGGCCGCCAGGGGGUGAAUUAAUACGCGAUCCCAUGCGUGACAAAGUUAUUCCUCGAACAAUGUUUCCCAAUAUUCAAGAAUCGCACUUGGCAGAGCGUAAACCCGGAGAGUUCUUCCAAAAACUUUGCCAAAAGCUGAUACCUCUUGUCCGCGAACAAGAGUUCCGUGAACAGGGGCGCGUACCUGCUGCAGGACUGGAAGACGAGCAGCACUCGCAGGCAAUUCUGGAUGACCAUGUCGAACGCGUGUUUAAGACCCCCCCAGUUAGAACACCGCGGUCCCCUUCACCUGGUGCAGGCCCAUGUCGUGGAGGUUUACGAGGCUCUGGUGGCCCUAACAAGUCAGCUCACCAACAGACAUCCCGAGUAGCAACGCGUCGAUUUCCCGGAGUAAAGGACUUCGCUGAUAGCGUUAUGCAGAAUUUCAUGCCUUCUGGAGCUUCUGUAUCAGGAGCGGUACCUAGGAUCCAGCCUAGAGGAAAAGGCGCUUCUUUAACUUUGCCCAAGGGUCCAUUAUCCGAUGGCAGUACAUCCGACGAAAGUACCGGUUUUGGUUACAACGCACAAGACGCCGUCCGUGAAUGGUACAACCGAACCGGUGCAGAGGCUGGAGGAGCUAAUGUGAAACCCAAAGCAAGCAAAGCCAGUAUCUGUUCUGGGUCGAAUCGUUCUUCCUGUAGAUCAAACCAUGAAAACGUGUCGGGUGCGACCGGAGACAAGAAAAAGAAGGGGGCGCUGUCGACAUCAAAUGGUCCCAGUUUGGGAGGCAACGAAAUUGCUAUCAUUUACACAUAUGCUGGGGAAACGGUUCCGUAUUUUAUCAGGCUCUCGCAACGACAAGUUCGGCUACGCGAUUUCAAGGCGCAGCUCAUUAAGAAGGGCAACUUUAGAUACUUUUUCAAACGACCUAUGGACGACUUGAACGCUCAAGGUGUUUUUGAGGAAAUCAAGGACGAUAAUCAAGUGCUGCCAUUUUGGGAAGGCAAGAUCGUCGCGCAGAUCGGCCUAAUGCAACCGCCCCACAUGCCGCAGGAGCCCGAAUGAAAAACGAGCACCCUAAUAUAGAAACUGCAUUUCUAUUCAAUUAAAUCUGUAUGCUAGAAUAUCCACCCCUGCAUUAAGCGCAUAUCAUUGCUGUGACACGCAAUUUUUAGAGGCAACUACUGCUGCUGCAACAAUAGUUCAAACGACUCCCAGAACGAACGGCAAACAGGCAAAAAUGACCGACAACGCUUAUCAUCAUAGUCCAGAAUUCUCGUGCAUGUUUCUGACCACUAAUGGAUGAAACAUCAAAGUCGAAUGGCACUAAACGAGCCUUCAAGCAAAAGUAGAUAAGGUAGGGUCAUCAAAAAAAUAAUCAAUUCUAGGUACGUAAAAGUGUUACCAGUCCAGCGGGUCUGCUAGUACUCUGAACCUUUAGAUUCGUAACGACAUGCACACGUUGCCCGUCCCGCAUUCUCUUCUCGGCAGCUGAAUAACGAGUCACUAUGGGAAAUACAUGUCUGCUUCGCUGUGAAGUUGUGUAAGCAUAUUCAUAUCAAAGGGCGAAUGAGCUGAAAACGUAAACCUUGGAAGGUUUUUGCGAUGGUUGCCAACGCAUUUGUCUUAAGUAAUGCUGAAUGUUGCUUAUUGGGUAUUGAAUUUUGAACGGUACAUAGUGCUAUACCGAUAGAGCUGACCUGGUUGGACAGGUCGAGAGUGUACUAUAGAAUCUUCGCGGCAAUUACUAACGGCUUGUAUGGUCAUUGUCACGGUUGGAUUGGGUCCUUAUAGACAAGGGACGCGUACUAAAAUCAGUCACUUUUAAUUGACUCAUCUGAACUUGAAGUGGAUAUAUAACAAACGAAAAUAUACUCGUCAAAUCAGAUGUUACCAUCUUUUGAAGAAAGAAAAGAUGGAAGCGUAGCAAUUUUAAUGUUUCGUUGGGAAAUUAUAAGAUACGUCAACCCAGUUGAGUUUACUGAACACUAGUAUUAGUAGAAGGUCAGAAAACCGGCCAAUUUUUUCGAGUAUACGUUUUUUUGUAUUUUCUUGUGAAUAGUGUCUGUGCGCAAAAUAUGGCGGGUAAGGCAAAUAGACAAAAAGGAACCUGUUAUUGAUAGUUAACAUGCAAAAAAUAAAUGGAACACCUGUCAUUUUAGCUGUGUCCAGUACGCGGAGUGAGAAAAUAUUCUAGCGCAAGCUCCUCAGUGUUGGUUAUUUAACAAGCUGGCUUUGGUAGCAGUCAAAAAGAGGCACACAGGCUUGUGCAACAUAUAUAUAUGAGCAAGCAUUUCCCAUGCAUACAGUUGAGUUUCGAUCUAUAUGUGAUCCAAAGGCAGGCAGUUCUCAUUCAGUUGAAUAGCUUAGAAUAAACUCAAAUGCAAAUAUGUGUACAUUCAUAUUUGCCAGACUAAGAAGAUCGACCAGUAUAGAUAACUACUAGGAGAUAGACAAACUAGGAGACUCUAAAUUUACUGUUCAUAUGCUGACUGAGAAUAACAUCUAUGCUACAGUUCCGAAAGGCAGAUAACAUUGGACGGACAGUCGUUUCUUUCACGUCCAAACAAAAUCUACCUCAAAACACUACGGAUAUUUAAGCACUAAGAUUCGUUUCGCAUGCGACACCGCCGGCCUCUAUUUUUGAAUUAUACGAAACAUAUAUAUAUACAUAUAUAUAUAUAUAUAUAUUGUAAGAGACAUUGUGUUCGAAAACUGAUUGGAAUAUUUGCAGUUUCCUUCUAUAGCACGCUUACCUAUUCGUUAGCCAAUCUAACAACUAUUAGUAGACAAUUAGCGCAACUGUACACUGCUGCUGUCAUUUGUAUGGGGACGUGGGUAAAUAUUUUGUACAGUUAUAGUUACCCUCGAUUACAGGAGGGGAAAUCAAGAGUGAAAAGUGACACACAGUUGUAUCCAACUAAACAAAAAAAGCUAGAUAUGUUUACAACGUGAUGUUCACGCCGUAGAUAUAAUUAACUAAUAAUGGUAAAAGUAAAGUUCUCUCAGAUCUAUCCAUUUGCAAGUUUCACUAUUUGUCAUUACGCAACAGCACGGGAGAACAGUACUAGUUAACCAUUCAUCGUGCGACCGUCAUCAAGUGUACGCCAUAAAUCAUGUCAAGCUGUGGGAUAAAAGGAUAACCAUGUUGUCAUAAAUAUAUUUGCCUUCAAAUGCAAUUUAUUGCCUAUCUGUUGCAAGUAGCUACGAUGCCAGUUUCCUGUUUGUUUUCUCUUGCUCUGUUUUUUUAAUUUAUAGCAAACUUGCAAAAUAAGUAGAUGCAUUUGCCUAUAUGUUCUAAGUAAUUUUUUAGCGACUCAUAGAUGUGAACCAGAAGAUAACUCGAACUGUUUAUUGUUGACAGACCAUUACUCUGCACGGUGUUUUCCCAAGAGAAAAACGGCCACAAGAAAUCCGCCUUAACUCUACCAAUUCCAAUUAACCCGCAAAAUAUGUAUUGAGUAAGUUGAGCAGCAGGAAAUCGGUAUCAGUUGCAACACUCUGUUUAUAGUAGUAAGGAAUCCUUUUACCGAGAACCCGAAACACUGUUGUAUCAGUUACUGUUGACGUUCUUCAUCCGUCGCAUUUCGCUAGAAAUUCGGUGGAACUUCUGUUUAAACUUGUCACCAAGUGCCAUGUUCUGUAUUUAUAAUAAUGUUAUCUAUCGACCGGUGUGUUGUACUAUAACGAUAAUAACAAUAUUAUUAUUAUUAAUUUUAUCAUUAUUAUUAUUAUUAAUGGUAACGAUACGCUAGAACGUAUGAAAGGGAGAUGUAAGCAAUUAAGGAAAAAUAAUGAAAAACUACCUAACUUUAGGUGCAAUAAAUCAGAACAAAACAA